AUGUCUUAUAACCCAUACUACAACGGUUACAACAUUGGCGGUGGAGCUUACCCAGAUCACAUGGGUUACGAUCAUCAUCAUCACCAUCACGAGUAUCGCCAUCAUGAAUAUGAUCACCAUCACCACCAUCAUCACAACCCUCUCCAUCAUGUUGCCCAUGAUAUUUCACACUCUGUUCAUCACGCUGUCCAUAACAUAACUCAUCCAUUCCAUCAUCACCAUCACCAUGGACACCAUCAUCAUCAUCAUUGCUAG